AAUACUUUCCUCCAGUGAAGCUCGGUGACCGAUCAGAGGAGAUUCAGUGCUUUGUUUACAGUCGUCCGCCGCUGUGCAUAGCAUCUGCAGCGAUCAGGUUAUAUGCAAUUUAUGUAAAGUACAAAAGAUGUAAAUUAGCUAGCUCUUUUUUAUUUUGUUCAUAACUGUGGCCAAUCAAAUUAAAGGAAGUAAAGGCUGGGGAACUCCCCAUGGGAGGCAAAGUCCUUAAGAGGCCUUUGUAUUAUUUAAAUUACAUCUGGCCCAAUUUUUAUCCGGUUACAGUGAUAAACGGGAUAAUUCAAUUUAUUAAACUGGCUGCUUUGUCAGUAAUACAGAACGUUCUACAGCUGUUGGCUUGCUCAUUGCCCUGGUGCCACAUCUGGACCUGGUUCAGGAAUUCUGCAGACGCUGGAAAUUCAAGCAGCAUACAUCAAAGUUGCUGGUGAACGCAGCAGGCCAAGCAGCAUCUAUAGGAAGAGGCGCAGUCGACGUUUCAGGCCGAGACCCUUCGUCAGGACUAACUGAAGGAAGAAUCAUGAUUGUGCAGACAGAAGCAUUAUGAAUGGUCAGUUCAGAAAUCACCCAGUACCACAGCAAAUACCAUCAGCUUGGAGUAAUUUUGACCUCGAAAGCAACGCUCCCGGUGGCUACUCUGGAGGCUCCUGGCUGCAGACACCUCCUCACCUAUGGACCAAGUACCACGUGUGGGAAUGGCUCCAGCACACCUUGGAUGUCAAUCAGCUGGAUGCCAACUGCAUUCGCUUUCACGACUUUGACGUUACCGGAGAGCAGCUGUGCUCCAUGUCCUUCGAGAUCUUCAACCACGUGACUGGACCUCUGGGUCCACUUCUCUUCAGCAGCCUCGAGAGCCUUAAGUGGAGCAGUAAGUUUCUGCAGCCAAUGGAGCAGCCAUUAAUGGCAGAACAGAGAGGUUCCUUUAUCACUGAUAUGGUGUUCCCAGUGAAUGACACAGUUAAAUCACAAUCAUUUGAGUUUGCUGACGAGAGAGAGGUGGGAGGAGCGGCGCUUGCUUUGAAGCCUAUCACCCAGGACACUCCAGAUUGUCAAGUUAAAGAACACCAAGUCCAGUGCCACAAAGCAAAUGGGAAAAAACACAAGUUUGCUGACGAGAGAGAGGUGGGAGGAGCGGCGCUUGCUUUGAAGCCUAUCACCCAGGACACUCCAGAUUGUCAAGUUAAAGAACACCAAGUCCAGUGCCACAAAGCAAAUGGGAAAAAACACAGCCCCAGGGGAACACAUCUGUGGGAGUUUAUUCGUGACAUCCUCCUGGACUCGGAGAAGAAUCCAGGACUGAUCAAGUGGGAAGACCGAUCUGAGGGCAUUUUCCGUUUCCUCAAGUCCGAGGCUGUGGCUCAGCUCUGGGGGAAGAAGAAAAACAACAGCAGCAUGACGUAUGAGAAGCUGAGCCGUGCCAUGAGAUAUUAUUACAAGCGUGAGAUUUUGGAGAGGGUGGAUGGCCGCAGACUUGUCUAUAAGUUUGGAAAGAAUGCUCGUGGUUGGAGAGACUGCGACUGAUAGUGGGAAUUCUUGGAGGCUGCUGUUGGAGUGACUUACACCUUAUGAAAAGCGACACCAGAAAUGGUUGCUGUUAUUUAUGUGUAUAGAAAAAUGAUGAAGCUGGUCUUUAAUCCUUUCCAUUUGUCUACAACCUGCCUCUCUAGACCUUGCUGUCUAGAUAUGAGAGCAGUGGAAAUGUGGGGUGGGAAGGAAGAAUGAGUUUUCAGAUUUCAACCAAUGGAACCUCUGGCACCCAGUGACUGCAGGACGUUAUUAGGAUUGUAUCUAGGCAAAUGUUAGCUGGGAGACACGUACUCGCUGGGGCACACACGUGCUCACCAGCUCGGAAGUAGGAGCAGAUAAAACAUUCUCCAAAAAUAAAACAAUAAUUUGACCACGGAAAAUGUUUGUCAUUUCAGUCGCCGCUAAACAAAUGAAUUUAUGCAGUGCCUUCAUUAUGGUAAAGCAAGCGACGGUUUACUCUGGAGUGCAGCCAGAUCUAUGAAUCCCAGCUGCAAGAAGAGAUCCUGGCCUGUGUGUAAACUGUUGGCUUAAUGUUUAAAGAAAUGUCUCAAAGGAGCAGAAAGAGCUAAAACAAAAUGGAGGGAUUCCAGAGCUCGAGGCCUGGUCAGUUGACCUGUGAUGAGGGAACCAGGAUACACAACUCAACUAUGUGCAGCUAAGCUCAUCCCAUCUGUAAAGAACACUCUGGGAAGGUGGGGCAGCGUUUCACAUGAAGUGUGAUUCUUGCUGUGGGUUAAUUACCACCACAGCUGACACAAUAUCAGCAAAUUCCUCUGUUUUAAGCUCAGGUAAAAUGUGCUUCAGGAAUAGUAAAUCGUUACCGUGGUAUCCCAAGGGCUAAACUUUAUAUAAACAACAUAUAGGAAGAUCUGAUCUCAACGUUUCAUGACAAAUGGAAAUGGUUAAAGAUUAUUUUAUUCUGCAUAAUCCUUGUAAAUGUAUAAAAUUUUCUGCAAUGGGUGGAGUUAAGACCGUAUUUCAUAUAUUUUUUAACUAAUGAGGUAACACUGUAAUUUGUGUUAAUUCUGGUCACCUCAGAACAGUGGUAAUGAGACAAAAGUGACAUAGAGAGCUGUUUAAAUGCAGCAACACUCUUUUACUUGUCGAUGUCUAUAGAAAAUACAUUGGGGUUUCUCAUGCAGACAGACAAAAUGGGAUCUACAGAAAGCCCCACAAACCUGCUCCAUCAUUCAACAGCAUCGUACCUGAGGUUUGAGAUGAGGCAAAUCUUAUUGACUUCUGGCAGGUGCCCAAUGAAACAAAGAAAACAACUAAAUCACGCUUUUGCUGCUAAGCGAUCGUCUCAAACAACAGCACGUAUUCAAUGCAGUAGAACCAGGGUGAGGUAAGGCAACGGACCCAAGGUUCUACCAUUUUAGGCACCGGCCCGAGUUGGAAAGGUCGGGUACAGACCGAACCGAGGCGCUGGGGUCCAGUCCCCAGAGCAUAUUGAAGCAACUGAACCCAAUGUUUGGAUGAUGAUUUAGGUGCCGGAUGAGAUUGAAAAUGUGCCUGAACUGAAGGUCUGUGGAUGGACUCUCUUUUUGGACUUCAGUUCAGAAUACUAUUUGCUUGCGUUUAUUGUUUGCAAAAUUUUUUUUUUACUCUCUGCACAUUGGGUGUUUGAUGGUCUUUUUUUUAAUGGGUUCUUUUGAGUUUCUUUGUUUCGUGGCUGCCUGUAAGGAGACGAAUCUCAAGGUUGUAUAAUGUAUACAUACUUUGAUAAUAAAUGUACUUUGAACUUUGAUCUUUGACCUGUGUUCCUGCCUACCUUGGUAACCUUUC